AUGUUGGAUAAAAGUCCAUGUUUGCCUGAUAUUGAACAAUCAUUAAAUCGUUAUUUUAAUAAAUAUCAAAAACAAUAUUCAAUGUUAUUAACAUAUCAUCCAAAAAUUGAUUGUGAACAUGGUCGUUAUUUAUUAUUAGAUAAUUCAUUAUCAUCUCGUGUUUUUCAUGGUACUGGCUCACAAUUAAUGUGGUAUUUAGGUGUUCUAAAUAUUGCAUAUAAAUUCAAUUUAACAUUAAUACAUUUAGAAUGGACUGCUGAACAUUCUCAAGAUGAAACAAAUCUUGACCGAGAAAAAUAUUGGCAAUUUUAUCAUUGGGAAAUACCUUAUUCAGCAUAUGAAUUAUGUCCAAAAAAUUCAUCAAUUAAACGGAAUAUAUUUCGAUAUGAUUUAAUUGCAAAUCAAACAUUUGAUCAAUAUCAUCAAGGAAAACAACCAUUUACAAUAAAAUCUUAUUUGAAAUUUUUAUUCGAAAGUUUUCUAUCGAAUAUGAAUAAAAAUGAUGUAGGUUUUACAUUUUAUUCUAGUCGAACUCUUACUAUUACAUCAUCAUUAAUGGAAAUGGGCAGUGUUUUUGAAAUUCGAUGGUGGUUACAACAUAGAAAAUUAUAUAAAGAACCUUAUGGAGUUUGGUCAGGGAUUUCUGUUCGAUCAAAUUAUUUACCAAUUGAUUAUUUUCAAUAUAUAUCAUCAAAUUCAUUUAUUAUUCAAUGUCCAUCGAUUAAUAUAGAUGAUAGUUUAUUAAUUGGUGUACAUAUACGUCAUGGUGAUGUUAUUAAACGAAAUAAACAAGGUGAAAUAAUAUCUGGUGAUUUAUAUCGUUAUAUUUCAAAUUCAGCUUAUAUUCCAUUAUUAAUUUAUCUUAUUAAUUCAUUACCAAAUGAAAUACAAAAUAAAUAUUUAAUUACAAUAUAUAGUGAGGGUGUUAUAAAUGAUUUUGAUGAUAUACUUAAAAGUUUAAAAAUUCAUUUACCUCAAUCACGUUGUCAUAUAUCAUUUUUUUUAAAUGGACGAACAUCAGAAACAUUUAAUCGUUUAUUACGUGAUGAUAUUAUUAUAAAUGCAUUAAGUACAUUUAGUAUGGCAUCAGGUAUAUUUAAUAGUCGACAAUUUAAAUUAGGACCUUAUCAUAAUCGUGGAAGAGUUCAUGGUAUGAGAAAUUUUUUAAGUUUAGAUUUAGAUAAAAAUCAUACACAAUUUAAUAUAACAAAAGAAAAAAAACAAUUCAUUAAACAAAGAAUACAAUAUGUAUGGAAACAAAAAAAAGCACAACAAAAUACGUUUAUUCCAUUAUGGUUAGAAAACUAUUCAUCGGAUUAUCCAGAAGAAUUUAUGUUAAUUUAG